CCCCUGUAGCUAUAGCUAUACACUCACUUUUGACAAAGUUUAACCAAUAGAGGCAAAGCAACAGUCAUCCUUCGGCGAAUCUAUAAGCAGAAAACAUAAAAUGGCUAAAGAUUUCGUGUAUAAGGAUAACAUACAACAAGGCGACCGGCAAUCUGAUGGUGAUGCUGGCCACUUUCCAUGGAUCAUGCCUACAAUCGAGCUACUGACAUCCUUCCCAACACAAAGUGAUUCUGUUGAAAUUUAUUUACGUUCGAAAAGCUAUGGAGUAUUAGUGCCUUUAAUUUAUGGUAUUGACUUUGACCAGCAAAGUCAUUCUCUUGUUAUUGUACCUACUACAGGCUUUGUUACGUCUAGUUUCCUCACCCGCUUAGAGAAUAGCUGUUGUACUGCUGUGUCUGGUAUUGUUGGUGCUGGAAAAAGUGCUUUAGUCAAUUAUGUGAAGCAUUGUUUUCAAAGCAAAAAAUGUUUGCAGAAGUUCUCUAUGAUAAUGUUUAUCAAUACUCCUGAUUGUGCGGAACUGUCUGAACUGAAAACAAUAGCUGAGCUAUUGAAUUUAUGUGGCCUCGAUGCUGCUUCUUUGGAAAACUCUGAUAGUAGCAUGUGGUUGGUUCUGAUUUCAUUAGAUCAUUGUGACAAGAAUUUUGCUGAUAAACUUGCUCAUGAUUCAAUUGUCAGAGGUAUACUGGGUAGAAAAGUGCUUCCCCAAGCAACUGUUUUGAUUAUGUGCAGACCUCACCAAUUAAAUGAAGUUGAGUCUCUUGCUAAAGUUUAUCACCAUUAUAGUCUGGAGGGUUUCUCACAAGCUGAAAUGAUGAAAUAUUUAUCGGAAAGUGUCCCAUCCGAAUCUAAACUGUUGUCUACCCUUCAACAAAAUCAAUUAGAUGACCUUGUAAACCCGCUUGCUUGGUCAAUUCUAAUAAAAAUGUUCGAUAGUGUUGAAAAGCCUAAAACAAUAACAUAUUUGGUGUAUAAGCUAGUAUGUGGUCUGAUUGAGCAUGCGUUAGACGCUGACGAGAUAGCUGCUUUGCGUGCCGGGAAAAUACAAUUAGAAAAACUAUCAGAAACUGUAGAAGCUGUUUUUGAAGCUAUUUGUUAUUUAGCUAUGGAACAUUUACUGACAGGCUGUAAAUGCGCUGGUUACAAAGAAUCAUUGCAAUUCUUAUCCUCAUUUUCUCUAAAACUUUCGAAGUUGUCCCUGAAUGAUUGCUUCAGAUUUGGGCUUGUGGACCUUGCUACUGGCAGGAGCUAUGCAUACCAAUUUAUACAUCCGCUGGUAACAGAAUUUUUAGCCGGCUUUUAUCUGCGCAAACUACCGCCAGUCAAUCAGCUCACGUUUUUGUUUAAGAAUUCUUUAAAAUUGUUCGAGAACGGUUACACCCAUUGGCUAACAUUUUUCUUUGGUCUAACUAGUGAUAUUUACACUUCAUCACAAACAGCAUUUGUUAAUCCUACAAAAUUGAUGAUGAAUUCAGUUGUCGAUGUGCUAGUCGAUAGCCUUAAACUGAACACCGACUCGAAAUAUCGGUGUGCUUUAAUCAGAUCUUUAAACGAGGCUCAAGAAAAAAGUAUUUUUAGAAAACUAUCCUCUAAACACUCGCUUGUUCUAACAUUCUCGAUGUCUGUCGGAAUUUUCGAUUCUUGUGUUGAUUCUGUAGUAUCAAUUAUCAGCAACUCUGGAAUGGCAAAUUGGAUAAUCACGACCUCACCAAGAAACAAGCAAUUAGCACUUACUUUGAAAGCUAAAGUUGAAAGCGUAUCAAUUGUGGUGAUCUACGACGACUCCGUUAUUGAUCGACUUGAUAUUACUCCGAAAAGAAACUCAGCUGAACUCGAUAGGUUAUACAGAGAAAGUGAUCAAACGUCCGAGCGAACUCCCCAAGAAUCAAUGGAGAAAUUAAAUCAGUUGGUAUGUCGUGCUGUCCGUGAAAUUUUGCAACGAGUGUUCCCUCUGUACUCAGCUGUUAAAUUGAAAGGUGAUUCUAGCAAUGUGUCGUAUGUUAGUUUCUUAACGUGCAAAUGCUUCGAAGAAUCAUUUUCGAAGUGUGUGCAAUUAUAUCCACUAAUACCUAUUCACUAUCUGGAUGGACCGAAAAAAAAUACAUCAAAUAUACCACUCGAAUCAAUGUCUAUGUCAGAUCGUCACAAUGCCGAGAAACACAAUGGUGGAACCGUGGAGGUUGUCUUAAUGCUUCGUCCUUUACCUGAAAGAAUAAAGGGUGUGGUUCCGUUGACGAAUGAAAAAUUUAAUCUAAUUUUAUCCAACGAUUUGUCCGUGGAAUUUUAUCAAGAGAAUAGCAGCGCAAACAGUAAUUUUAAUAAAAUUGAAGAAUGUGUAGCAACGGUACGUUGCGUGGAUGACUUUGAUGCCACUCGAGAUAACACACAAAUGAUCCUCCCGUCAUUACAAGUCGUUCCGAAGAUGCUAACUGGCCGAGCCCAGCACGCCCUCCCUAAGCCUUUUGUCCACCCAGCUGAAGUUCCUAGAGUUGACUCAAUACUACCCGAGGGUUUAUCUAAUACAUUGCAAGAAGGGUCUCAAAGAAAAUCGGAUAGUAUUCAAACUCCCGGUGUUGCUAAUCUUAAUAUGGGUGGCGCAGAUUUCCAAUUGCUUCCCCAAUUGGACUCAUUUCAACCGUAUGGACAUGUACCCAUGAAUCCUUACCACUCUCUUGCGCAAACUGGAGGGGCUACCUCCAUACAGCCAUCGCAUGGAGCAUUUGUACACACCUUUACUGCUGAACAAGCUGUUGGUGAGGCUCAACAAUCAUCAAGACGACAGGCCAAUCUCAGACAAGGCACUGUACUGUAUACUUCCGUUCCUGACAAGAUACCAUCUGAUCGAAUACAGCCCCUACCAACCCAACACACCCUUAUUCGCAAGGGUGGCAAUGGAUCAAUAUUUAGUGAAAAUGUGAAUGGAUUGGCUUUGGCAGUAAAGAAGACCAGUUAUCGCAGCAAAGAGUACGCAAUCAUUACGAAAAUUCGCCACAAAAAUAUAGUCCCCCUGUUAGCGUAUGUGUGGGGUGAAGAACACAAAGAAAGCAAAAGGAGAUUUUUUGUUUAUCACUACCUGCCCAAACUCAGUGGUGAUAUGGCUAGAUUGGUGACCGAUAAAGAAGAACUUAGUCUGCACGAUUUCCAUAAACGUCAUCAUAACAACCCUCGAGCAAUGGGUGUUGCUGUCGGAAACGUCAAAUACAUUCUCUCACAAGUGCUUCAAGGAUUACAUUAUUUGCACGACAAUCAUCAAUGCAUCCAUAGGGAUGUGAAGGCCAGCAACGUGCUCAUAAAGUUCUUCUGUAAUUGUGAUAACCCUGUUCAAUGCUCGUGUGAUGUCAAGUAUCAAGUGGUCAUCUGUGACUUCGAUGCUGCACUAGAAUUGGACUCAUCUUCUCGAAUACCUCCCACCACCACUCACUCAUCACGCUCACAAGCUAAACAGUACGAGAUUGUUCCGGUGGGUACAAAUGGGUUCCGAUCGCCUGAAUCCAGUAUGCUCAUGAUUGCUAAUUCCCCUGAUGCGUUCUCUCCACCCCUCUCCACGAAGGCGGACAUCUACAGCUUUGGUAUUCUCUCAAUGCGACUCAUGAUGAGCACGGACACUCCGUACAGUCAGCGGGCUAUGUCCACACUGUUACUAUAUUACCAUCAGAGCCUGGGGGUCAGUGAGGGGAGACUCAAAAGCCCCAGUGUGUGGAGGGUGGAAGAAAGUACAGUACUGAAGUUGCUCAAGCUCCACAAGCUCAAUGCAAGGAUGAGAUGGUUAAGAGGAGCCUAUGAAUUUGCCAGCAAGUGUCUAUUAGUGGAUCCAGAGGAACGGCCAUCAGCAAGCUCUCUUCUCAAGGAUCCAUUCCUUAAUUGAUAACAUGUGCAGAAUAAAGAGAUACAAAUGAUUCGAAUGUGCUUGUUUCUGAGGACAUGGCAAAGCAUAAUAUUAUAUCUAACAUCGAUCUGAUUUUGAUUAAUUGCAAUUAAGAAUAAAAUCACCCCCUACCAAGCAAUGUAUACGAUUCAGAAGACCCUCUCCCAAAUUUGGUUAACCAUCGUGUCACAGUUAAUUCAGAUCUUGAUUCCGAAUAUAAAUGAUACAAUUAACUGAAGAGCGUAAAAUUAGAAACAUAAUAGAUUUGUACUUGACUGAAGAGCGUAAAAUUAAUAAGAAAACAUAAUAGAUUAAUUGAUUUGUACUUGGCAAUUGAUUGUACUUAGCGGUAUAUGUUAUAAUUAUUAAUUAAUAGGCGAACAACUGGGCCUGGUACUAGUUGUCUGCGCAUGCGUCAAAUUUUCAUUGUAUAUUUGUGGUCGGCAAAAAUAUUUAAUAAAUCAAUAAUGGAAAUUUGUACACAGAAAAUGCACAGAGUGAGUACACAAAAGAUGCACAUAGGGAGCUGCUUCACAAAGGCCUGGGGAGUUGCCAGUUGUGCUGCAGCACAAUUACAGUGACCCAGGGCAACUUCAGGAUGAUUGAAUGCCUUCAAAUUACGUUUCAAAAAGAUUUAGCAGGCUGCUGGAUUUCUCUGAUUCUAGGCCCCAACUCGUAACUCAUUGCUUGAGAAAACGUAGAUUCUCUUGAUGUCUCUGAGCUACCCAGCAACGCUCAAAUGAGCAGGUCAUACUCCAGUCCUGUGUCUGUGAGUAUAGGACAAUAUUAAAAGAAACCAAAGACGGUUAAACCCUUACCUCAAACUGUCCAGUCUCGUCCGUUAGUAUAGCCAAGAGGAGCACUGUUGGGAUAGCUGGAUAUUAGCCAUUGCUCCUGUACAGAGAAGUAGACAUUUUAAAUACGUGUAGAUCUAUACAUAUUAAAUUUCUC